CUGCCUAUACGUGCUGGGUUAUGCAGACAGUAGUACUGUGCAUUCUUGGCUUCUUCCUCCUUAAGCACAACAGUUCCUCCAACCAACUCAUGAGUCUCGAUCUUCACGGCGGCAGAGCCAGAUGCGACCUUCAAGGCCUGAGCACGCUCUCUGGCGGGGUCGAAAGUAGCAAAGACAAAGAGAUUCUCGUUGUCACGUUUGACAACGUAGACGUUAGGUCCCACAACAGGCAGCUUCGACUUGGGAGGCAUGGUUGCGACAGGGGUGGUUGUGUUGAUGGUUCUUUUGUGAGUGUGUUGUACGCUGUGUGCUUGCUCUGGAUCUUCAAAGAAGUUUCCCAGAGUGGCAGAACAGAGGUUUGUGUUAGGUUGUGUUUGUUGCAAUUCUGUGCAAGUUGCUUUUGAUCUGAAGUUGCGACGAGUGAGCAACCAAAUGAAUGUAGAGGAGACUUGGUUGUUGUUGUGCGGGAUCAUAGAUCUGAGGAAAGGUGAUUGAGUGGCUGUUUAUUUUCUUGUGGCUCAGCCUUGUCUACCAUAAACAAGGCUGGGGAGACGCAAUUUACCCGAAAAAAAUGAGAUAGGGGUUCACGGGAAAAACACGAAUCCACGUGCUGUUACUCGCCAAGUCUACCUUACCUACAGCAUCUAUCUAGUAUGUUUUCUCUCAGGUUCCCGCAUAUAAUAAACUGUCUUUCACUAUCACGACUGAUCUGGGU